AAAGCAGCAAUGGCAGAAGCAGGCGCAGUAGCUGCAGGCGGCGUAGUCGCAUACGAAGCGGCACAGACCGCCGUGGAGGCCGGCGUGGCAGGCUACAUGGUUGGGAAGAGUACCCUGCCUUUGAAGGCACAGUUCACGCAGAUCGCAACUGCAAAAGAUGAUGAGACGAGACUCUCACUGGCUCGUUCAAACCACACAGUAACGGUCGUCAAGAACAAAGCGUACAUCUUUGGCGGCGAGACGGCCUCAGACAAGCUCGCAAGCAAUGAGAUCCAUGCCGUUACCUUGAGUCAUCCUUCACACGGCACACCCGAGCCAGACUAUUCUGUCCUGCCUGCUGUGGCGGAUGUGGAAGGACAGCCAGUACCAACUGCCAGGACGCGACAUGCAGCGUGUGCCUUCAACAUCUGCGUAGCUAUCUUUGGCGGACUUGACGGAAAGGGAAAGCUCGUCGAUACUGAGCCAAAGAUUUGGCUUUACGUGACUGGCAAGUCUGCAUGGGAGUGUCUGACCGCUGAAGGAACCAUCUCGCCAGCCCAAAGAAGUGACGCCAAGCUAUUCGACUGCAACAACAACUUGGUCCUGUAUGGCGGUAAUGACGCGCAUGGCAAACCUCUCAAGGACGUCUGGUAUUACUCAUACACUGGAAAGCAAUGGGCAGCUCUACCCAGUGCGCCAGUCUCGACGUCGAACGCAGCACUAAACGAGGGUGUGCUGUAUCUGAUCGAUGGAAGUGACCACAUGUCGAGCAACGUGCACUCUUUGCACAUCGAUCCUUCGGGCGAGAAAGAGGCCACGUGGUCCACUGCACCCUUCCCAACAAAUCCCCUCACACCUGGACCAAGACCGCGUGUAGGAGGUGGACUCCUGCCAAUUUCCACUGGCUAUGGUCGUAACUAUCUUUUCUACUUCUUCGGCGCCAGACAGGACCCAAAUACCACCAAAACAGCAUCUCCGAAAGAAACCGAAGACCCUACUCAAUGGUCUGACAGCUGGACAUACCAGAUCCAAUCCUCCAGCCCCGAAGCCAAGCCCACAUUCAGCAUUACCGAAGCCAUCAAGCCGUCCAAGAUCAAAGAUGUCAUUCGUGAGAAGCUUGGCUUUGAUUCUGGCGAGCGGAGCUGGGCGGAAGUCGAAGUGCUGCCACCGGGUGAUCUCGUGGUAGGUGAAGGCAAGGUGCACCCGGGACCGCGAGCAUUCUUUGGCGCAGAUGUUGUACCUGAGAAAGACGCAGUCGUGGUCUGGGGUGGUUUGAAUGCCAAGGGUGAGCGAGAGGGCGACGGGUGGAUUAUUAAGUUUUCUACCGGUCUGCUCUCGUGAGUGAUAUCGACAGAGAUUUGAAGGCUCCAGGAAGCAUGAAAUAGAUACCCAUGAAUCGUACUCAAUGCUUGACUU